AAAUUUAGUCUUACACGAACCCAUAGACGCCGGAGUCGGAGGAGGCCGAGGUGGAGCUCGGUCCCCCCUGUAGCUCACCCUCUUCCUCCGCCUCCUGGACGCCAUAAAUACAAAACAAAGAGAUAUAGAUAGAAAGAGAGGUCUCUCCUUCUCUCUCCAUCUCUCUCUCUCUCUUAUCAGUGUUUGACCAAUGGAGCGAGCUCGAAGACUAGCUAGCCGGGCGAUCCUCCGCCGUGUGAUGUACCAAUCCAAGCCACCCCAGACGCCCGCCCCCAGCGCCUCCCGCCACCUAUCCUCCCUCGCGCCGUCCGUCUUUCCGGCGAACCCCGCCGUCCGCCGCCCUCCCGCUGCUGACUACCCCCCCUUCCGCAAUGCUGGCUGGCAGUCCCGGUCGAUCUCGGUGGAGUCGAUGCGCCCCAGCGACACCUUCCCCCGGCGCCACAACUCGGCCUCCCCGGAUGACCAGGUCCGCAUGGCCGAGCUCUGCGGCUUCCCCUCCCUCGACGCCCUCAUCGACGCUACCGUCCCCAAGUCCAUCCGCAUCCCACCCAUGGCCCUUCCCAAGUUCGACGCCGGCCUCACCGAGUCCCAGAUGCUCGCCCACAUGAAGCGCCUCGCCUCCAUGAACAGGGUCUUCAAGUCCUUCAUCGGCAUGGGCUACUACAACACCUUCGUCCCGGCCGUCAUCCUUCGGAACAUCAUGGAGAACCCCGGGUGGUACACCCAGUACACGCCCUACCAGGCCGAGAUCGCCCAGGGCCGCCUCGAGUCUCUCCUCAACUUCCAGACCAUGAUCGCCGACCUCACCGCCCUCCCCAUGUCCAACGCCUCCCUCCUCGACGAGGGCACCGCCGCCGCCGAAGCCAUGGCCAUGUGCAACAACAUCCAGAAAGGCAGAAGGAAGACCUUUCUCAUCGCCUCCAACUGCCACCCCCAGACCAUCGAGGUCUGCAAGACCCGGGCAGACGGGUUCGGCCUCAAGGUCGUCGUCGCCGGCCUCAAAGACUUGGAUUACCUCUUGAACGAUGUCUGCGGUGUCCUGAUUCAGUACCCCGGGACGGAAGGCGAGAUACUGGACUACGGGGAUUUCGUCAAGAAGGCGCACGCUAGCGGGGUGAAGGUCGUGAUGGCGACGGAUUUGCUGGCGCUGACGAUGCUGAAGCCGCCGGGCGAGCUGGGAGCCGAUAUCGUUGUCGGGUCGGCGCAGAGGUUCGGGGUGCCCAUGGGUUAUGGCGGCCCCCAUGCGGCGUUCCUGGCCUCGUCGCAGGAGUACAAGAGGAUGAUGCCGGGGAGGAUCAUCGGAGUCAGUGUCGAUGCCACCGGGAAGCCAGCGCUCCGGAUGGCGAUGCAGACCAGGGAGCAGCACAUCCGGAGGGACAAGGCCACCAGCAACAUCUGCACUGCCCAGGCGUUGCUUGCAAAUAUGGCUGCAAUGUAUGCGAUGUACCAUGGGCCUGAAGGCCUGAAAGCGAUAGCUGAUCGGGUUCAUGGUCUUGCUGCUACUUUUGCGCAUGGACUGAAGAAACUUGGAACCGUGGAAGUCCAGAAGCUUCCCUUCUUUGAUACUGUGAAGGUUACAUGCUCUGAAGCAAAGGCAAUUCUAGAAGAGGCUUACAGAAAUGAAAUGAACCUGCGCCUUGUGGAUGCAAACACGAUAACUGUGUCUUUUGAUGAGACUGCAACGCUGGAGGAUGUGGACAAGCUGUUUAAAGUGUUUGCUUGCGGCAAGCCUGUAAACUUUACUGCUGCAUCUCUUGCACCCGAGGUUCAGCCGGCAAUUCCAAGUGGACUUGUUAGAGAUAGCCCAUAUCUGACGCACCCAAUUUUCAAUUCGUACCACACGGAGCACGAGCUGCUUCGGUACAUCCAUAAGUUACAAGCAAAAGAUCUUUCGCUAUGCCACAGCAUGAUUCCUCUUGGGUCUUGCACCAUGAAGCUGAAUGCUACAAUGGAAAUGAUGCCUGUGACUUGGCCCAAUUUUGCAGAUAUUCACCCAUUUGCCCCUUCCGAGCAAGCUGGGGGUUAUCAGGAAAUGUUCGAAGAUUUGGGCGAACUCUUGUGCACAAUCACGGGAUUUGAUUCCUUCUCUUUGCAACCAAAUGCUGGUGCUGCUGGAGAAUAUGCAGGGCUCAUGGUUAUUCGUGCUUACCAUAUGGCAAGAGGUGAUAGCCAUCGGAAUGUCUGCAUCAUACCAGUCUCAGCUCAUGGGACGAAUCCUGCAAGUGCAGCUAUGUGUGGAAUGAAAAUAGUAGCUGUUGGAACUGAUUCCAAGGGUAACAUUAACAUUGAGGAACUGAGAAAAGCUGCCGAAGCACAUAAAGACAAUUUGGCUGCUUUAAUGGUCACCUAUCCUUCAACUCAUGGAGUCUAUGAAGAAGGCAUUGGUGAGAUUUGCAAAAUUAUUCAUGACAAUGGUGGGCAAGUCUACAUGGAUGGAGCUAAUAUGAAUGCACAGGUUGGAUUAACAAGCCCUGGCUGGAUUGGAGCAGAUGUUUGCCAUCUUAACCUCCACAAGACAUUUUGCAUCCCACAUGGUGGAGGUGGUCCUGGAAUGGGUCCUAUUGGUGUGAAGAAACACUUGGCCCCAUAUUUACCAUCACAUCCUGUGGUGCCAACUGGUGGAAUACCGCUACCUGAAAAGGCUCAGCCGCUUGGUACUAUUUCUGCUGCACCUUGGGGUUCUGCACUUAUUUUGCCCAUAUCAUAUACGUACGUAGCUAUGAUGGGUUCUAAGGGACUAACUGAUGCAUCAAAGAUUGCAAUCUUGAAUGCAAACUAUAUGGCUAAGCGUCUAGAGAAGCAUUACCCUAUUCUUUUCUGUGGAGUAAAUGGAACUGUUGCCCAUGAGUUCAUUGUCGACUUAAGGGGUUUUAAGGCAACUGCUGGUAUAGAGCCAGAAGAUGUUGCCAAGCGUCUUAUGGAUUAUGGAUUCCAUGGACCCACAAUGUCUUGGCCAGUGCCAGGCACACUUAUGAUCGAACCCACUGAAAGUGAAAGCAAAGCAGAACUAGACAGGUUUUGUGAUGCUCUCAUCUCUAUUAGGGAAGAAAUUGCUGAGAUCGAGAGUGGUAAAGCUGAUAUCAAUAACAAUGUCAUGAAGGGUGCUCCUCAUCCACCAUCCAUGCUUAUGGGUGACACAUGGACAAAACCCUACUCCAGGGAAUAUGCAGCAUUCCCAGCUUCAUGGCUCCGAGGUUCUAAGUUCUGGCCAACUACAGGACGUGUGGACAAUGUGUAUGGCGACCGCAACCUCAUCUGCACCCUUCUUCCCGCAUCACAGAUGGCUGAAGAAGCUGCAGCUGCUACGGCAUAGCCCUGUCACACCACAGCAAAUUUCUCUUACUUAGUUUCAAUAGAACAGAAAGCUUCUUCUCAUCAUCCUUAAACUGUAUAUAUAAGAUCUUGCGAGUGUUCGCUUCUGCACUCCUGCAGCUGCCGACAUUCCGUUCUCCUCCUUUUCUGCAUGCAGCUUAUUUUAAAUGAUAUCCUAAACGUUCUAUUAUUCUUCUGAACUUAAGAUAUUUGUGAAGCAUCUGUGCAAAAUGAAUUCACAUCUCAUCUCUUUCUAGA